CCUAUUCUUCUUCAUCGAUUUUGCUCUAAUCUCUUGGAUCCUCUAGAGAUCGGUUUGGUUUUGCAGGAACACCAAUCCAAUCAAGAUGCCUCCAAGAACAAGGAACCCUAAAGCACUCAAGGCCUCUCGCGGAGCAGCCACGCCUUCUCACUCCGCGAACGUCCCAACCUCCUACCCAUGGCCGAACAAGGCUGAGGGUCAACCGAUCAACAUCAAUGACCCACUACUCCUUGACUACAAUUGUGAGGGGUGGGACAAGGAGUCCGCAGCAAGGUACAACAGGCUUCUCGCAGCAGAUAUCCUGCCCACACGAUUUGCUCACGCGGAGACCUUAGCUGUUCUUGGUCUCGAGUCUGAUGUGUUCGAGACGCUCGACGUCAUGGGCCUCGCUCCUCUCUGCUACCAAGCCCAAGUUCUCUACCCAGAUUUGGUUCGGCAAGUGCUCGCAACAGCUCAGAUUACUUACCAGAACCCAACUGCGCCAACAUACGAGAACUGCUACUUCUCCUUCAUGGCUGACGGCAAGUUCUGCUCCAUCUCUCUCCACGAUCUAAACGAACUACUCGAGAUCGCAGACACGCCAAGAGAGGUCUCAGUUGACAAAAAGUUCGCGCCAGCAAACGCCUUUUGGGAUCUCAUUGCGACAGGAAAGUUCACUUCUCGCAAGGCUUAUCAAUCACAAAUCCGAAACCCCACUCUGCGUAUCAUUGCCAAGAUCGUCUCGAACAUCCUAUUCGCAAAGGAACACACCUCCAAGGUUACAAACGGAGAGCUAGGUUCUACACCGGCUCGAGAGGAGAUGUCCGUAGAGACAAGAGUCAUACCUAUUCAGACUGUGAAAACAAACCCUGGAUUCCUUCUCAUCACGAUGCUCUCUGAGCGCAAGGAUUCCAUGGUCCCGAACGGAGACAAGAAGGACCGCUGGGCAGUGCUCUCACACCCUUGUUCAAACGCUUCAACAUCGCCUGGAUUCCCUACGGUUGUUCCUGAGCUUGAGUACAUUGACACCGCCUACUUGAUCACAUGCCACAUCCUGCGCGACGAAAGCACAUACAAGUUCGCAGACAAGGACGGGAUCAUCCUCUACUGCAAGCUCCCUCUUCCAGGGUUAACAGAUUUCACAACCUUGGAUAACAUAGUGUUCUUGCCAAAUGCAGAACACUUGUCUGGUGCAGAGGAAGAUCUCAACGGACUUCCUGCAGAAAUACCGAUGGACCACAUUGAAAAACUUGAGAAGAUGUGUGGGUCACUAAGGCGAUGGAGUACCACAGAUCAUCAAGUGUACCUUGUUCCCUUUCUCUCUCGAUGGGAAGGCUGCUCGCUGGCUAGAUUCCCUACCAACUGGAUCGCUCACACGUGGGAACAAGUCAGAUCCGCUUUCUUGAGCCACUUCUACACAAAAUCAAAGACGGCAGCUCUGAGACACGAAGAUCGCCACCUUUAA